AUGGCUGAUGGGGAAGGCUGCCCUUCCUCCACGCUGGGGCUGCUCUUCGUGGUGAGGCUGAGCUCAGAGUCGCCCGCUCGCCCCGCCCACUGCGUACCUCGGGGUGUUGGCUCCACUUCAAAGGCAGCCCCAAUUGUGCAGUCCUUUACACGCGCACAGGCUGUGCUUGGCACCACAAGGCUGCCAGGGCUGACUCGUCUCUUGGAAGUGGUGAGAGUUGAGGUGUGGGUGCAGACAGGCUGGUCUCUUGUGGGAUGCCUGAGUCCACCCCCUGGGCUGGUGAUCUGCCCGUGGAGAGAGGACUGCUCCUCGGAGCCCUCGUCCUGGCCCGCAGGGUCACCAGGGCACGGCCUGUGGGACGGAGGGUCUCAGAAAGCAAGGAAAGCUGGCUUUGUAAAAUCUUGCCUCUGUUCUGGCAAAGCAGCCGUCCUUGGCCACGAGGAACAACACGUUGCUGGUGUGAGCAAGGAGGCGUCCUGCGCGGAGAACCGUACCUGUUCCUCCUUCUCCCUCCGGGCCCCCACCAUCAGCGACUUGCUCAAUGACCAGGACUUACUGGACGUGAUCAGGAUAAAGCUGGACCCCUGUCACCCAACCGUGAAAAACUGGAGGAAUUUUGCCAGCAAGUGGGGCAUGCCCUACGACGAGCUGUGCUUCCUGGAGCAGCGGCCCCAGAGCCCCACCCUGGAGUUCUUACUGCGCAACAGUCAGAGGACGGUGGGCCAGCUGAUGGAGCUCUGUCGGCUCUACCACAGGGCGGACGUGGAGAGGGUCCUGCGCAGGUGGGUGGACGAGGAGUGGCCCACGCGGGGGCGUGGCGAGCACCCCAGGAGCUUCUAGACCCCGGCUCCUCCUCAUCGGCCUCUUUGGACAUUGAGACGCGCCCGGGUUAAGGAGCGACGUGAAUUUUUAAGGACCUCCUAAGCGGAGGAGCCGGAUGUGGAACAGCGGACACUGGUUUUCCCCAGAGCUGGUGGUUUUGUGGAGGGGUAGAGUAUGUUUCUGGUGGUGGAUUUUCCUUAGUUUUGCACAUCUGUUUUAAUUGAAUAUUUGAAUCUGGAAUUGGGGAGAAUGUGUUAUAGGCGUCUGCAGGGACCAGGGCCAAAGCUACAAUCAGACUGGAUUCAUGCCGUGAUAAAAAUAAAAGCACCCUCUCCGUUAAAUACUGAGGAUUGAAAUUGGAAGUACGAUUGUUGAUGGCCCCCAAAAGUCAUCAUCCACAGGGUCCUUUAUGAUCAAUGACACUCCCACGGCUUUGACGAAAACCACAGAAAGAAGUGACCCUUUAGUCUGUUACUCUUUUUGUUAUAAAGUACUUAGGUGAAUUCACAGGCUACUGGCAUUGCGUGGUGAUACCCUUCAGGACACAUGUGACAUCCUUCUUAUUCAAACACUUGUAUAAUCUGUGCACUCUCAAAGAGGUCUUUGCUUGAGUAUUUUUUAAAGAAAUACAAGAACUGAUGCUUAAUAGGAGGACAGAGUCAGGAAUUAGCAGGGUAAUUAAGGACCAUGG